AGGAGGAAAAAACAAAUCAAUAAAAGAAAAAUAAAUAGUGUGUGACAUGAAAUAUGAUGAUGAUACGAAUUUCUGAUGCAGGAUGAUUAGAACAAGGUUUUUCGCCCAUGUCUUUUUUUUUUUUACUUAAAAGCAAAAAAAAAAAUGUAUUUCUGUUUUUCUAUUAUCUAUUCUCAUUGUUUUUUUCUACUACAUUUAUUUUAGACAAAAUAUGAGUAUCAACAAAUCUUUGUUAUUAAUAAAUUCUACUAUUUAUCCUACAACUAGUUCAACUACAUUUCAUAUUUUAUCAAGUCUAAUUCAUAAAUCAACACCGCCCAAUAAUCGUGAUCUAUCUUAUUAUGCUAACAGUUUUCCGUUAUCCUAUGACGAUAUAAUCGAUGAUGGAAGAUAUAUUUAUGUUGAUGAUAGUCAACAACCAUUAAAUCUAACAAAUAUUUAUUAUCCAACAGACGAUAUUUUAUUAAUAAACAACACAAAUUUAUCCUCAUUAUACGAUGAUUAUAUCUAUUCGUCAUCACCAUCGUCUUCACUUUCAUUUGGACCAUUUAUUUAUAUAUUUAUUAUAUUAUGUGUCUAUAUUUUAUUAACCGUUAUAUUAUUAGCAUUUUCAAUAUAUAAACAAAGACAAAAUGAUGAAUAUUAUUUUGAUUCAACAGAAAAAGAAAAUAAUUCGAUGAAUUGGAAACGUUUUUUAAUUUCAAAAAUGCGUAAAGGUGAUAUGGAACCAUUAUUAAAUGAUCAAUCGAUAACAACUGAUGAUAAUAACGAUAAUGAUGAUUCAACUUCGAUAUCAAAUUUUCCAUUAAAAAUUGUUUAG